UAAUGUUAUCUCUCUGUCCUAGGAUGGUGCUGGUAAAGCAUGAAUACAGAGAAGAGGAGGAGGAGCUGUCCUCUCCGUGCUCGCUCUCCUCCUCCCACCUGUCACCGCAGACUUGCAGCUCAGACGACGAGCGGCUCCUCACCCCGCCACAACCACAGGAGCGCCAUGAGUCCGCCGACGACGCCAAGAAGCCCAAGCGCAACCGUGCCAGGAGCGGCAACAAAAGCGGCGAAUUGGUGACGAAGAUCAAGAAGACCCGGAGGCUGAAAGCCAACAACCGGGAGAGGAACCGCAUGCACCACCUCAACUCUGCCCUAGAUGAACUCAGAGAAGUGCUGCCCGCCUUCCCCGACGAUGCCAAGCUCACCAAGAUAGAGACCUUGCGCGUCGCCCACAACUACAUCUGGGCGCUGUCAGAGACCCUGCGCAUAGCUGACCAGCUGCACGGAUCAUGUACUGAGCCCUCCAUGCUGCUCCACGAUUCUCAUUCAUCUUCCAGCCCAUCGGCUUCUUCCUGGAGCUGCACACCAUCCCCAUCCUCGUCCUCCUCCUGCAGCUCCCUGUCUCCUGCCAGCCCUGCCAACUCUACCUCGGACAUCCUAGAAUACUGGCAGCCGACUGAUCACCACCAUCACCUGCACCCAGCACUGAGCCAGCAGCAGCAGCAUCAUCACCUACUUGUGCCAGCUAACAUGACUUUUCUCUGAACUC